GACCGCACGUGUUGGCAGAGCUGCAUUUCAUUUUUUCCCUUAUUUGGUUGUUGUUUUGGUGUUGUUGCGCGGCGGCGUCAUUUAACCGGUAAUUCAUAUACAAACACACGAAGUUAUUUGUGAAACAAUUCACAAUGGGCAAAAACAAACGCAACAACAACAAACAGCAGCAGCAGCACAAAAGCACUCAGCAAGCAGCGACAACAACGACAACAACGCCAACGCCUACGCCAAAUGCCAAAAAUGCGACUCCAAAGAGCAACAGCAACAGCGGCGCCUUGAGAAUACCCAGCCUAAGCGAGAAGGAUCGGCGGGCGUUGAAUGCGAUCGCGCAGGCGAUAUUAAAACUGGUGCAGACACAGACCGCCAAUCCCAACGAGGAGUGGAAGCAAUAUGUGGAAUUGCAGCGACUGCUCGAUAGCAUGAUGCUGCUCGAGAAGCCGCUGCAGCUGGCCACGCGCAGCCCGGAGGACAGCAGUGGGGUGGAAAGCGAAAAGACGCGUCUCGCCAAGGUGGCCGCCUUCAAUGAGUGGGCCCGUGCCGGCGGCGUGCAGAGCGAUUGUGUGGAGAUCACCACAUUUCCCGGCUAUCAGCUGGGCCUGCGCGCCAAACGUGAUAUCGCUGCCGAGGAGCUGGUGCUGAGUGUGCCGCGCAAGCUGAUCUUCUCCGAGGAACUGCUGCCCGAGUGGAAACGCGAACUGUUCCGCAAUUUCCCCACCCACCUGAAUGUCACCUACACUCUGAUCAUCGAGAAGGUGCGCGGAGCAGCCAGCGCCUGGCAGCCCUUCAUCGAUACGCUGCCCACCCGGUAUAGUACCGUGCUCUACUUCACCGUCGACCAGAUGCAGCGACUCCGCGGCACAUCCGCCUGCUCAGCUGCAAUGCGCCAUUGUCUCGUCAUUGCCCGCCUCUACGCCUCCAUGUACAAGUGCGCCUACAUCCAGCCCGGCGACAACGUUAUGGCUGCCAAGGCCAAUCUCUUCACCGAGUACGGCCUCUGCUACGAGCUCUAUCGAUGGGCCGUAUCAACGGUCACGACACGUCAGAAUCUGGUGCCGCGAGAGCUGUCAACGGUUGGUGAAGUCGACCAGGUGUGUCAAUUGGGUGGUUUUGAGGGAACGGAGAUAAAGCGUGAUGCGGAGACGGGUGCGAGAAAUGCCCCCAUAUCGGCAUUGAUACCCUAUUGGGAUAUGACGAAUCAUCGUUGCGGCAAGAUAACCUCAUAUUAUGACCGUGCCGCACAGCAGAUGGAGUGCACCGCCCAAGAGGCAUUCAAGGCUGGUGAGCAGUUCUUCAUCUACUAUGGCGAUAGAUCCAAUGCCGAUCGUCUGGUGCAUCAUGGAUUUCUGGACAUGCAUAAUUUGAAGGACUAUGUGCAGAUACGUUUGGGUCUGAGUCCAACGGAUCCGUUGGUCGAGCAGCGUUCGCUGCUGCUGGCGGAGCUGAACAUUGAGCGGAAGGCGGAGCUGCGCGUGCUGCCCGCACCGGAGCACAUCUCCGGCGAGCUGUUGGCCUUUGUGCGUGUGUUUAAUAUGAGCAAGGAGCAGCUAGAGCAUUGGUGCAGUGAUCUGGAGCGUGCCGUCGAUCUGCUGCACAUUGAUUGUGCCCUCGAAACGGACCUGGAGACGCGCACAUGGCAGUAUCUAUACCAGCGGCUCAAACUACUGCUCGGUGUGCUCGAGGCGUCGCUGCACGAGGCGGAUGAGCGACAGCAGCUGGAGGCAUUGCAGCGGGAGCAAGUUGAGCAACCGUCGGCCAGUCGGGAUAUUGACAUCAUGGUGUUGCAGUAUCGUCGCCUGGAACGUUGCAUCCUCACCGAUGCCCUGCAGUAUGCUCAGGAGCGCCUGAAGGUCUAAGCGGUGCACGGGUGCACAAAACAAAUAAUACUAAAUCAAGUGGCCAUUUACAGCAGUCACCAUUUAUCAUUUUAGUCACCAUACAGAGACUACUACUAUUGUCGCGAAGCUAAGAAAUGAGCUGAAACGAUAAAUUCAAAAACACAAAAAUUGGGUUUCCAUUUUGUGUCUUAAUGCCUGCGGUGUAUUUUUUACAUUUAUUUAUUUUUGCGAAGCACAAAACUGUUUUUUUUUUCUAUUUCUUAAAUUAUUAAUAUAUUUGUUUUAACGUGAACUAAUUGUGGACAAUUUUAAAAAGAUUUCGAAAAAAUCUGCAUAAAAUUGUUACCUUUCAUUUUCAUUAUUUUUAAUUUUUUAUUAAGAUAAUGUCAUUUAAUAAUUGUUUUAAGUUUGUUUUUUGAACCAAAUGAAAUAAAAUAACAGUAGCCAAAC